AUGUACCACUGCAGAUCCAAUGCAAUACAAGACUUUAGAAUAGGAAUGAGCCAGACGACAGAGCUGCAAAGAUGCUGAGAUAAAGAAAAGAUAGAGAUAGGAAUGUGAUGAGGAGAAAACAGACGGGAUAAAUCAACGGGAUAAAAGACAGGUGGAGAUAAAGAAAGAGGAGGAACACCUGCAGAGUUGGCUGCAGAGGGAGGGAUUGUUGAAACGUCAGAGAGAAGCACACAGUUUCAGGAUCCUCAGUCAGACACUCGCCUCACACCACAACAACAGAUCCCUGGAAGACCAAAUUAAGGCACACAGUUGUUAACCCAUCGCCUGCCUCCAGCAGGCCUCCCUGGAGACUGUCUGGCUUGGUGCAUGAACUGGGAGGUUCUGUGUAGUCCCGUGUUGAUGAACGUGUGGGUGUUUUUUGUCACUUUUGAUGGGACAUUAAGAGAUGUGCGUGUCACAGCAUCCGUGGAUGGGCUGUAGGGGGCCAUACUCCCCUGUUCUCCCCCUCAUCCUCCUCCCUUUGUACUUCCUGCUUGCUCAGGGAGCUAUCAUCCUCCCGGAACAUUAUAAGUUACAAACCUUGGAAACUCUUCCCAACCUGACACAGGUGCCGAUAUCGGUAACAGCAUUUUCUCGAGAAGAUAUCAUCCUGAAAUGUGAGGCCACUGGUAACCCAACACCCCAGAUCCGCUGGGAAAAGGAUGGGAAACAGUUUGGUCCAGAGCAGACAGGGUCCAGUGUUGUUGACGCCUCAGAACAUGAAGAUAUGCCCCUGGAUUCAUUUGCAGGCAUCUACCAAUGCUUUGCCGCCAAUAACAAGGGAACCGCUGUGACACAAACUGCAAAGGUUAUAGUAGAUUCUGUUCCGCUUGUAACAAAAGAACAUGAACUCCACAAGACCGCAUUCGUAGGAGAGAGCAUCAUCCUGACCUGCAACCCUCCAAAGAAGUCAACUACUCCUCAGGUCUACUGGAUGGGAAAAAAAAUGCGACACAUCGACCAGACUGACAGAGUUAUUAUUGGCCUGGAUGGGAAUUUGUAUUUUGCAAAUCUUCUAAAGAGCGACAGCCGUAAAGACUACAACUGCUAUGCUCAAUAUGAGGAAGCCAGGACUGUUAUCCUUGUGACUGUUGCGAAACUCAACGUCGUGUCAAGUAACGAUGUUAUGCAUGAAAAAAAACCACAUCUCCUCCAGCCCCAAGGUUCCCAUACUGUAAAGCAGGCCCUCAGGGGUCAACGUCUCACCCUCGAAUGCAUCCCUAAAGGCCUGCCGACACCCAAGGUGGAAUGGGAGAAAACGGAUGGUGAUCUCAAGACCACAAGUGCCAGAAUUGAAACCUUUAAUCGCUGGCUUCACUUUGAGAGCAUCACUGAAGAUGAUGAAGGGGAGUACAAAUGUAGGGCUCACAACAGUCAUGGGAAUGCAACACAUUCCUUUACUGUUACUGUAAAAGCUGCUCCCUACUGGACCAAGGAGACCUCAGAUCUCAUGUAUGCACCAGGGGAAACUGUCAAACUAGACUGUCUGGCCAAGGGGAACCCAGAGCCCACCAUUUCCUGGAGUAUCAACGGCCAAUCGCUAGCAGUGGUGGAUGACGAUCCACGGCGUAUCGUAACAAGGACUGCUCUUAUACUGAGGGAUGUGAAGACGUCUGACACAGCCGUCUAUCAGUGUGAGGCCACCAACAUGAACGGCUCCAUCAUCCAGAAUAUCAACCUGUUUGUUGUUGAGCUUCCUCCUCAGAUCUUGUCUUCUGAUGGGAUAGUGUACAAAGUCUUUGAAGAUGAAGACGUCUACAUGCAGUGUGAAGCCUUUGGUGUUCCCCUACCAGACAUUUCAUGGUACCAUGAGGAUGAUAUUCCUCUGCUCUCAGAUCAACGUGCUUCCCUGUUUACUAAUGGAACUAUUGGGCUGGGUAACGUCUCCCAUACUGACCAGGGACUGUAUACCUGCUCUGUUGAUAACACCAACAUCUCCAUUACUGCUAACCUGGAAGUUUUCAAUCGAACUGUGAUCCAUAAAGGUCCUCAGGACAUCCACGUCCACAGAGGAGAAUCUGCUUUCCUGGACUGUCUUUUCUACAAAGAUCCUCGACUGCUUAAAUACGAGGUCCAUUGGAAGAAACGUGGACAGAAUCUGGAGUUAACAAUAGACAAAAAGUACACUAUGUUCAACAAUAACACAUUAAAAGUGAAAAAUGUCCAAAUAGAAGACACAGACAAUUACUCCUGUGAGGUCAGAACCGAAUCAUUGGGCCAGGUGACAGCCACAGGCUCCAUCACUGUUGUAGCUCCACCGGAACCUCCCAGCUCACUAACGCUUUCCGUUGACAACGACUACAGUGUCACGCUCAGCUGGACCCCUGGAGCCUCAAACAACAGCCCCACUACAGAGUUCAUUGUGGAAGCCCAAGAGCAGCCCCAGACAGAUAGCGGGAACCCAAGAUGGCAGGUGCUGAUGGAGAUACCCGGGGAUUUCAGUCACAUCCAGCUCAGCCUGCAGCCCUUCUGCAUUUACCGCUUCAGAGUUAUCGCUGUUAAUGAAGUUGGCAGGAGUCACCCAAGCAAAUCAACCAACAAGCACGCUACACCACCUACAGUUCCAUAUUCAAACCCCACUAAUGUGCGCACUAAUUCAACAGAACCAGGGAUUCUGCUCAUCACAUGGGAUGAGAUGGAAAAGCGUCUCCACAACGGCCAGGACUUCCGGUACCAGGUGUUCUGGCGGGAGGCUAACAGCCAAAACACAAACUGGGAAAGUUCCUAUGUCAAGUCUCCUCCGUUUAUAGUAAAUAACACUGGAACCUUCACACCGUUUGAGAUCAAAGUCCAGGCUGUCAAUGCAAAUGGAUCAGGACCUGCACCAGAGGCGAGGACCGGACAUUCAGGGGAGGACAAGCCAGAGGAGCCUCCCACUGGAGUUUCUUUCACUGUGAUGAACAGCACGGUCAGAGUGACGUGGAACGAAGCGCAGAACGUCCGUGGUCAUCUGCUGGGCUACAAGAUAUACAUCAGAAGGUUGGGUCCCCACAGUGCACGAGAGAGGAGGUCGCUUGGCAAACAUCACCACAUGAAGGAAAGAGAUAGACUUGAAAAACACAAACCGACGAACGGGGACAGCAGGGUGGUGCAUGUCCAUGGUGCAAAGACAUCUGCUGAAGUCACUGAUCUGCGUCUGUUCUCCCAUUAUGAGCUGAAGCUCACUGCCUUUAACAGCAAAGGGGAGAGCCCUCCUUCCCCUCCUGCACAUUUCAACACCCCAGAGGGAGCUCCUGGUCCUCCUUCAUCACUGAGGUUUGAAAGCCCCACAGAUACCUCAUUGGUUCUUUACUGGACCCCUCCAGAAGAAAUCAACGGAAAACUUAAGGGAUAUAGAGUUCUGUACCAGAAAGUUUCAAUGGGUGACGACAGUGAUGUGGUGAUGAGGGAGAUCCCAGACCCCAAAGUAGACUCCUUUGAACUCAAAGAUCUGGAUCCCAGCAGCUCUUACCUCUUUAAAGUUAUCGCCCAAACUGCAGCAGGAGACGGUCCUGCCAUUGAAAGGAUCAGCGCCACCCUACUAGAAGGAGCUCCUCCAUCAAACAUCACGGUAGUUUCCGGUAAUACGUCAUUCAACCUAAGCUGGGUCCCUGGAGAGCGCCACAGAAACCGAGGUUUCCAAAUCUCCUACCUCAGGAAGAGUGCUGGCGGUCAGUGGGAGAAAUCAGAGCUUCUCAACUCCUCGCAAGGUUUCUAUUCGCUGUCAGGACUCCAACCAGGAACAGAAUACAGCCUAAUGAUUGACCAUGAUAACAGCACCCUGUGGCAGGGGGUGUUCCGAACCGUAGGACCAGUGCCGUCAGAAAUGCCAGGCAGGUUUGCCACCCAGGGCUGGUUGAUAGGACUGAUAAGCGCCAUCCUGCUUCUGAUCUUGAUCCUCCUCAUCCUCUGUUUGAUUAAGCGCAGAAGGGGUGGAAAAUAUGCAGUGAAGGAAAAAGAAAAAAAGGACAUCGACUUUGACCUUCAGAACAAAGAUGAGACCUUCGGAGAGUACAGAUCCUUGGAGAGGUGAGGGAGUCCACCGUCC